AUGGAGGUGCAGAACGAGGGCAGUACAGCAGUCUACUACAGCUGGCAGCGCCUGGCUGUACCACAUAGCUUCCCUGACGCCAGGACACAUACACACACACAGCACUUCUACUUCAACACCUCCACAGGUGUGAUUCUACCAGGUGACAGCAAGCGUGUAGAGUUUAUAUUUAAGUCGGAGGUCCCAGGCAUCAGGACAGAGGUGUGGCGUCUCAACACACACCCUGUCCUGCUGGGCGGAGCCUCCAUCCAGGUGACACUGAGGGGUGUGGCUCUUUACCAGGACAAGACCGCUGACCAGAGACACGCUCUGGAGCUGCAGCAGAGAGAGGCUGCGUCAGUGUGUCGGUCGUUGGUGUGUGACGUGUUACGAGGCGUCCUCACCCCAGAGAGACCCGGCUCCCCUGCGGAGCUCUACACCACCGAGGAAGAACACUUCCACAACAGGAACCCCAAGGUCCACUACACCUUGAAGCUGCAAUACCGUUAUGAGACAGUGGAGGCGCUGAAGAGCCUGUGGCAGCAGGUGACCGCAGAAACAGGAGAAGACAGAGAAACAGCCUGGGACCUCUCUGUGUCUACACUACGACAGGCGGUGCUAGCUCUGCCCCAGGGGGACGGGGAGCAGGAUGGACCCCAGGAGAGGCUCACCAGAGAGGGGGCUCUGAGCCUCUAUAACACCCUCCUCCUGGAGCUCACCCAGCCACUCACACAACACACGCCACUACCACACAACGCUAUAGGGUUGCAGCUGUGGAGAGAGCUGUUGGACGGUCUGGUCAGUGCAGCUCUGUGGCUCAGACAUCUACUGGGUCUCCCUGAGUCAGACACAUGGGGGGAACACACACAGGACCACCACCACAGCUGGGGAAAGACGAAGAAAGAGGAGAAGUUUGAGAAGAGGGCAGGAGCACCCCUGAAGGAGGAGAAGAGGGGAGGGGCACCCCUGAAGGAGGAGAAGAAGGGAGGGGCACCCCUGAAGGAGGAGAAGAGGGGAGGGAGCGUCAAAGAGAAGGAGGAGAAGAAGGGAGCAGCCAAGCCUGCUGUGAAGGAGAAACCAGUGGAGGAGCGUCCGGGCAGUAAGAAGAAGGGUCGUGAGGAGGUGGCAGUAGGGGACAAGCGUCCUGGAGGUAAGACUGGUAAAGAACCAGGCAGAGAGCCCUCCUCCACCACAACCAGCCCUGAGAGUGACUACCAGGACCACCACACUGACUCUACUGUAGAGCCUGAACUACAGGACAAAUACAGGAGACAGCUGCACCAACAGGCUAACACUACUAGGACCUCUAAACAGUCUCUACUGUAG